AUGGGUUUUGGCCAUGCUUUCAAGAAGGAGCACUUUCCUCUUUCAGAUAACCAAUUUGUGCCUGUGAACCAUGGUUCUUUUGGUCUUUCGCCCCAGAUCGUGAUGGACAAAUUCCGGGCUGAAGUGGAAACCGACCUUGCCAGUCCUGACUCUUUUAUCCGCAUUCAACAACCAAAGGAGUACUUGGAGUCGAUCAAGAUUGUGGCAGAUUUUUUGAAUUGCCCAUACCGCAACUUGGCUCUUGUUACGAAUGCAACAACUGCCGUCAACACUGUUUUGCGCUCAAUUCCUUUCAGUAAGGGCGAUGUUGUGGCCAUACCUUCAACAACAUAUGGGGCAUGUGCCAACACCGUCAAAUUUUUAGCAGAGACCAUCGGCAUUGAGAUUGUGGUGGUGAAUCUCGCGCUUCCAAUGCUGCACGAAGCCAUUGUUGAUGCUUUUCGCCAGACUUUUGAUGCCCAGAAGGUGAAAUUGGCUCUUUUCGACACCGUGAGUUCAAUGCCUGGUGCCAAAAUGCCCUACUUAGAGUUGACCCGUUUGUGCAAGAAGUAUAAUGUAUUGUCUAUGGUGGAUGGUGCACACUCAAUUGGUUUGAUCCCUCUUGACUUUUCUGAGUUUUCUCCGGAUUUCUAUACCUCUAACCUUCACAAAUGGCUCUAUGUGCCCAGACCAUGUGCCAUUUUGUACGUGGAUCCUAAGCACCAUCGCACUGUCCAGACUAACCCUGUGAGCCAUAGCUAUGUGUCCCCAAAUGCCGUGCUCUCGAAAGAGGAAGAAGAGAAUUUGCUUGUAUCUAAAUUCACCUUUACUGGAUCAAUUUCGUUUGCGAGCAUCAGCUGUAUCAAGACUGCUCUUCAAUUCCGGAACGAUAUUUGUGGCGGAGAAGAGGCCAUCCAUGAUCACUGCUUGGGCAUGGCCCGUAAAGUUGCAGACCUUGUGUUGCGUAAAUGGCCCGGUGCCAGCAUCAUUGAAAAUGAAGAAAAAUCGUUGGUGACAGCAAUGGUGACGGUGUUUUUUCCAAUCGAGAACUACUCGCCUUCCUUUGAUGCGUCAGAUCCAGAGCUUAUGCUGCUUUUUGUCAAUAAAGUUUCCGAAUUGCAGAUUGAAAAGCAUCACACCUUUGUGCCAUUCGCAUCUCACGCAGGUAAGGUUGUGGCAAGGUUCUCAUGCCAAGUAUACAAUGAGCUUUCUGACUAUGAAUAUGCGUGUGAUGCUGUUCAUUCGGCAGUCAAAGCGUUUUUUGCGCUGAAAUUGUAG